UGUCAGCUUGCACUAGUAUCAAUAUCAGUCUUCUACACUCGCCGCGUUCGACAAGUUCUAAGUGUUGGCACUUGGAACGGGGAAAACAUCUAAUUUCAUAAGUUGUAUUUUAUAGUUCAGUUUUAAUUUGUUCAGGGCAUUGGAAUGGUGUGUCUUACGGAAAACAGUGCAACCUAUAAUUCUAGUUUUAAUUAAAAAAUUAAAUUCAAAUCACAUCAAAUUUAUAUAUAAGUAAACAAGUGAGCGUGUCUAGAAAAUGGCAACGAAAGAUAUAUUAGAAACAAUAUCGGUUAAUAUUGAUAGAAAGUUACAAAAUAAAAUUUCGGAAAAUUCGAAGGAUAACGAAAAACGUUAUGAAUAUGAGGAGAUCUUAAAUUUAAUUGGAUUCGGUUCAACACAAUGGAUCGUUUUAUUCACAUGUGGGUUGCUUUUAAUGAUGGUCAUUAAUGAAACGAUGGGGAUGAGCAUACUCACAAUCGCUUCUCAGUGUGAUUUCGAAACGAAUUCCGUUCAAAAGGCCAUAUUAAGUGCGGCCUGCUUUAUCGGCAUAUUAUUGUCCUCAUAUUUUUGGGGUUAUUUGAGCGAUACAGUUGGGCGCCGUCUUAUACUUAUAUACGCCUCCUUAACUGGAAACGUAUUCUCAAUUGUUUCAAUGUUUAUACCGAGCUUUUGGGCUUUUGUGGCAACACGGUUUUUGGUUGGUAUUUUAUAUUCAAAUAUCUACAUUUACAUUUUCGUAUUAUUUAUUUAUGUUUCAUAUAUAUUUCAGACAAGAAUGCAAAGUUUGUCACCAGCCACAUCAAACUACAGUAUAUCUAAGACGUUUACGAAUAUGAUCAAAAAAGAAGGCAUUUUAAGGCCGAUACGUGGUGUUAGUGCUGUUGUUAUUGGUGCUGGUCCUGCUCAUGCGUUGUAUUUCGGUUCUUAUGAGCUAACAAAGGAAUUAUUAACUAAAUUUACUACCAAUAAUCAUUUGAAUUAUAUGCUAUCGGGUGCUGCGGCAACACUGAUACAUGAUGCUGUUUCGAAUCCUAUUGAAGUAGUCAAACAACGCUUGCAAAUGUAUAAUUCACCGUAUCGAUCUGUCCUGGCAUGCAUGCGGGACGUUUAUAAAAAUGAAGGUAUUAAAGCAUUUUACCGGUCGUAUUCCACGCAACUGAUUAUGAAUAUACCAUAUCAAACAAUACAUUUUACUACGUACGAAUUUUUCCAAAAUAUGCUCAAUCAUGAAAGAAAGUACAAUGCUCCGGUACAUAUGGUAGCGGGAGGAGCUGCCGGUGCUUGUGCAGCUGCAAUGACAACACCUUUGGAUGUUGUUAAAACACUAUUGAAUACUCAAGAAAACGGUUAUACGAAGGGCAUGAUGGAGGCAAUUAAACAGAUUUAUGCAGUAGCUGGGGUCAAUGGUUUUUUUAAAGGUAUGGCAGCUAGAGUUCUAUAUUCAAUGCCAGCUACAGCUAUUUGCUGGUCAACAUAUGAA